AGACAUCACUUUACUUGCUAAGGAGUGAACGAACGAGUAACUGCUUAGGUGCCGGACAUUUAACUUCCUAUUACUCAUUAAAGUUAAUUACACACUUAAUAAGGUUUGUAGGAAAAAAUAUUUUUUACUUUCCUUACUUUAUUUGAAUUUUUCUGUAAUGAGAAAUAUUCAAAUAAUUUAAAACAAAAGCCAAACAAACGUCUAUACGUCCUUUUGUGACCUUCAAAUGUCCAGCUCAUGACUUUUCGCAUUACAGAUUCAAAAUGAGCGGUGGUUCUGCAUUAUUCGGUUUAAAAGCUUUAAGACAAAAGUGGGAGGUAAGUUAUAUAUUCUAAAAGAUUGUCGAAUGAUUAUUUCAUACAAUAAUUAUUUAUCAGUUAAUUCCACUGGUCGGUAUUCUUGGAACGGCCUGUAUUGGUGCUACUGCCUACUCUAUUUAUGCUGUAGCCACUAAAAGCGAUGUGAGAGUAAAUAAAACUAAAGCUGUAGCUCCUUGGGAAGAGGUUAAUCCCAAUGUCCCUCAAAAGGUAUGUUUAAACUAAAUUCUAUCUUUCAUAUGGAUAAGUAAAAGUUUAUUUUUAAAUACUAUUCAACAGCUAUUGACACUCAAUCAAAAAUAUGCCGAAAAUGCCGAAUUAGAAGCUCUAAGAAAAGAAAUUGGCAGCUACAAAUGCUAGGGAAAAUCUUUCUUCAAAAUAAUUAUGUCAACUCAAACUGUCCAAAUGAUACGUUUGAUCAUAAUGACCUGCGAUAUUAUUUUGGUCUCAAUUUUACUGUUUAUAUAUAAAUAUUUAUAUUAUGUAUUUAUAUAAUUCAAGUAAAUAUUCUAAGUCCAAGUCCGUCAUCUCUAAUUUUGUGAAUAUUGUACUUUAAAAAUAAAAUUGAAUACUAUAACCAUUAUUUAAAUAUUCGACAUUUUGGCGCUUUAUAAAAUUCUAUGUCACGUGACAACAUGGCGAUUUCAAAUUCUAAUUUCGCUCAACUCAAACAUAUCAAACCAAUGAUAAUUGUUUGCUGACGAUAAAAAGGAUAAAGACAGUAAAUCCUUUCUAUGCAGAAUGACGACCAAAGUCACCUUUAGUGUAAUAGCAGACCUUUCAGCUCAGGAGCAUGUAUGUAUUUCGGGAAACAUACCAGAGCUUGGAAACUGGAAUCCAGACAAAUGUUUAACAAUGAUCGAAUCAAAAGAUAAACAGGAUGAUAAAUCAAUUUGGACUAUUUCAAUAGAUAUAUGUCAAGAAAAUGAUAAUUGUGAAAUAUUUUAUAAGUAUAUUAUUGCGGAAAAGUGUAAACUGUCUGCUAGCAUGAACAAUGAAUGUCAAUACAUUUUGAAAUAUGAAACACACUUAACACCAAGAUUAUUGAAUUUAAAAGAAUACAUAGCAAUAGGUGGACAUGUUGAUAAAUUUGGUGUUAAAGAUGGCUUAUAUAACGUGGAUAAAGGUUGGUUGAAUGGCCAAACAGAGAUACAACUACAUCUACUUAAAGAUUCUCUUAUAUUCUUCAAUAAAAUUGAUACAAAUCGAAAAUUCUCUAUCAAAUGCAUUCCAAGUCUCCUGAAAGAUGAAAUAGUGAAUUUAUCUGAUUUAUCCGACCAAACUGCUGAAAUCUCAACGAAAAUGCAUUCAGUCACCAUAUCAACAUUAAAUGAGAAAAAUGUACAACCCAAACCUCAGAAGAAAUUUGGUGCUUUACUUCAGAAUGACCCAAUUACUUUCAGAACACAAUCAUUUAAUCCUGAAUAUGUGGGUUUCAAUUUCAUCAUAUAUUGUCAUUUAAACCACGCCAAUGAAAAUGAUAUACCUACGCUUAUUGGAUCGGCUAAUUUAUUACCAGUUACUAAUUGUAAAACAUCUGAUCAGUUAUCGAUACCAGUAUUAAAUGAACAGCAUCGGAUAAUUGGACAACUACAUGUUGAAAUUCUAAUAAUUAAGCCUUUAAAAGAAAAUCUUUGUACUUUUGAAAUAUCAUAUGCCAAACAUUGGAAAGAUUCGCGAGCACCUUUGGACGUUGGACACAGAGGAUUGGGUGCAACUUAUUGCAAAGAAUUGUCUUCCGCUAAAGAAAACACAUUAGCCUCUCUUGCUGAAGCUGGUAGUCACGGAGCAGAUUUUGUUGAAUUUGAUGUUCAAUUGAGCAAAGAUAAAAUACCAAUAGUUUAUCACGAUUUUACCGUUUGUAUCGACCUGAAAAAAGAGAAAGUAUAUAACAAAGACUGUAUGGAUGGUAAUGAAUUAGAAAUAUUUGAGGUUCCUAUUUCGGAUCUAACGUUGGAACAAAUGGAUACUUUACGAAUUUAUCACGCAUCUAGUAAGAAAACGAAGUUUUACUCUUCUUCCAUUGUUAAUGAGAGCGGGUUGGACAAUCAUCAUCGACCAUUUCCAACAUUAAAAAGUUGCUUUGAGUCACUAGAUGAGGAUUUAGGCUUUAAUAUCGAGAUAAAAUAUUGCAUGAGAAUUAUUACUGGAGAAUUAGAGGAAAAUCUUAGAGAUCUUAUGGAUCGUAACGAAUAUGUUGAUAUUAUACUAAAAGAAGUUUUAAGUUAUGGAAAAAAUCGUAGAAUAAUAUUUAGUUGCUUUGAUCCCAACAUAUGUUGUAUGCUGAAACUAAAGCAAAACAAGUAUCCUGUUCUCUUUUUGUCUCAAGGCAUUACUGAAAAGUAUCCGGCUUACAUGGAUCCCCGAUGCUGGACUACAAAAAACUCGUCGCUUUACUGUGAAGCAGAAAACUUCCUUGGUAUAAAUGCACACGCAGAAGAAUUAUUACGUAAUCCAGAUAUUAUUAAAUUUGCAAAGGAAUGUGGCUUGAUAGUCUUUUGUUGGGGAGAUGACAACAACGACAAGAAGAAUAUUGAAUUUUUGAAAAAGAAUGGUGUAGAUGGUGUAAUCUAUGAUGGAAUUAACAAGAUAAAUUGCAAAAUGGAGAAUAAGUUUAAAUUGGAGUGUAAGGGAAAAUAA